AUGUCCUCCCCCGCCUCGUCCUACUUCUCCGCCGAGAUCGACGACUUCGUCGAUCGCGCCCUCGCCUCGCCCGCUACCCCACCUACUGCCCCCGCCGCCCCAGUCGCGCCUGCCGCCGCUCCGCGCCACCCGCUGCCCGGCUUCUCGGCCGUUAACUUUGCUGCCCGCGCCGCCGCCGCCCCCGCUGCGCUCUCCGCUGCCGGCCGCCGCGAUAACGCCGACGAUAACGACGAUAAUAAUAAGCGCGGGUCCUCGCCGCCCUCCUCCCAUAAGCGCGCCGUGGCCCGGGGCGCCACCCGCGAUUCCCCCUACGUGCGCUUAGAGCGCCGCGGAGCCGGCGGGACUGAACAAACCAAGCGCGCCUUAACCGCCGCCGCCGCCGCCUACCGCAACUUACGGUUCCUCGAGCGCGCCGCCCUCGUGCCUAAGGGCACCGUCGACGCCGCCCUAGCCGCCCCCGCCACCUCUGCCGCCGCCGCCUCUACCACCACCGGCACCGCCGCCGCCGCCGCCGCUGUCCCUAACGCCGCCGCCGUCGCCGCUUAG